CUCAUGAAAAGCAUAUCUGGGCAUGAACUUCUGGAAGAAGCUCGGAGAAAGGGCUUGCCUUUUGCACAGUGGGAUGGACCCACAGUGGUGGCCUGGCUGGAGCUCUGGCUAGGAAUGCCAGCUUGGUACGUCGCUGCCUGCCGCGCCAACGUCAAGAGCGGAGCUAUCAUGUCGGCUUUGUCUGAUACUGAGAUUCAGAGAGAAAUUGGGAUCAGCAAUCCUCUUCAUCGCUUGAAACUGCGCCUAGCAAUCCAGGAGAUGGUCUCUCUUACGAGUCCAUCAGCGCCUCCAACAUCCAGAACACCCUCAGGCAAUGUCUGGGUGACCCACGAAGAAAUGGAAAAUCUCGCUGCUCCGGCUAAAACGAAAAAAUCUGAAGAAGGCAGCUGGGCUCAGACCCUGGCUUAUGGCGAUAUGAACCACGAAUGGAUAGGUAACGAAUGGCUCCCCAGUCUGGGCUUACCUCAGUAUCGCAGUUAUUUUAUGGAGUGCCUGGUAGAUGCAAGGAUGUUAGAUCAUCUGACAAAGAAAGAUCUGCGUGUGCACUUAAAAAUGGUCGAUAGCUUUCAUCGAACAAGCUUGCAAUAUGGAAUCAUGUGUUUAAAGAGGUUGAAUUAUGAUAGAAAAGAACUGGAAAAGCGAAGAGAAAUGAGUCAGCAUGAAAUAAAAGAUGUGCUGGUAUGGAGCAAUGAUCGAGUCAUACGCUGGAUACAAGCUAUUGGCCUACGAGAAUAUGCAAAUAAUAUUCUAGAAAGUGGUGUACAUGGUUCACUUAUAGCACUUGAUGAAAACUUCGAUUACAGCAGUUUAGCUUUAUUAUUACAGAUACCAACACAAAACACCCAGGCACGGCAGAUCCUUGAGAGAGAAUACAACAACCUUUUAGCACUAGGAACUGAAAGAAGACUUGAGGAAAGCGAUGACAAGAACUUCCGCCGCGGCCCCUCGUGGCGACGGCAGUUUCCCCCGCGCGAGGUGCACGGGAUCAGCAUGAUGCCCGGCUCCUCGGAAACGCUGCCAGCGGGAUUCAGACUGACCACAACGUCAGGGCAGUCACGGAAAAUGGCAACGGACGUUGCUUCAUCACGACUGCAGAGGUUAGACAGCUCGACAGUUCGCACAUACUCAUGCUGACAAGGCCUAGCAAAGAAGCCAGCACUGAAUCGUUAUGUCAUCUCUUUCUUCUACUUUACCUGAAGUGCACUACCACUACUUAGGAAAAAGAGCAUUAAAACUCUCUUCAAGAACAGGGUAAUAGGGAAGAGAACACAUAAGUUUUAUCAGACAAGGAGCUAUGAUGUUCUUUUCACGUAUUGAUUAGUUUAAAACAAGAAUUUUAAAAAACUAAAUUAUUAAAAAAGAAGAAAAAUGAAACAACCUCCCCCUUUCCUCUCAGCAUUUCUGUCAUCAGAAAUUUGGCAGUAGUGCACAUCCAAAGCUUUUAUCAAAUGAAGCCACUCAUUCUUACAUCGGUCCAUCUGUUUUCUUGUAAAAUACUAGACAUUUACGUAUUUACUGUGUAUGUAUUUCUUUUAAAAUGUGUAAGUCUUAUGUAAAUUGAUAUAAAUAUGAUUUUUUAAAAAUAAAAUCUAUGGUACAUGGGGUCUCAGUGCAAACAUUUGACAAUACAGUGUCAAUAAUACUGUUUGUAUCUUUCCAUUCCACCAUUUUUACAGUUUUUGGAUUGUAACAGUCAAAUGAAUAUGUUUAGCAGAGUUAGAAGCUUCAACACAUUCUUACUGAAGAAAUCUGUCAAUAUUUCAAGCUGAACACCUGCCUCUGAUGAUGUACAAUAGAAUGACAUAACCUGGAACUGGAGCCAAAAUGGACCUCUAAAGACAAAAUGGAAAUGUCAGCUCUCUGUGGAGAAUCACCAUGAUGGCUCACCUCUU